GCCAAUCAUUCGACAACCUGCAUUCAGUACAAUAGCCAUGUUGCAGAGUGUCGUACUUUGAGAUCGGCGAACUAAGCAAGAAGGUGAUUAAUCGUUUCCAAUAUUCGGUGAUAAUAACAACCAGAUAGACAUAAAUUAUCAAUAUUUUCCAAAGCAGUCCAUUAAGUUGGUUAUUUACAAUGCCUGUGGAAACAUACAGACCUUCAGGAAACCAACCUCUGCUUGUCAGGGGUACCAUGGGAACCAUCCCUGAACACAACCCACGUGGGGCGCUAGUUCCCGUCACAAAGCAGGACUUUGCAGGACAUCGACCAGCGACGCAAGCUAGUGCACGAUUCGGUCAGCUUAGUCAGAGUGCUUUCUUUGCGAGACAUAAUCCACAUCCUGUUCGAGUCAGACAUAUCAAAGGUUUACUUGACAUACCAAUAUGUGCCGUACAUGACGAAGGAUUCAUCAGUAACCCACGUUACACGAGACCAAACACGCAAGAAUCAAAACAGUUAUACUCGUACGCCGGUCGUAUGCCUGUGCAUUCUGUGUCUUAUAACGUACAUAACCUUAAUCCGAUGAUAAACACCAGUAAAUAUCCACUGGAUUUGAUCACUGGAUUGGCUAACUAUCCAUGGGGAUUCAAAGAAAAAGCCACAAAGUAUGGCAUGGUUCCUGUCACUGAUUCAUGGAAAGAUGAACUCAAGUUCAUGACUGAAAAAGCUGGUUUAGGAUGGAAUGACGAACUAAAGAAAUUUCAAGCCAAGGAUCAAAAAAGAACUGCAGUAUAUUCGGCUGAUACUGGACGAUUGAUUCCACCACCAUCACGUGCCAUGUCACGAGGAUACUCUCGUCAACAGCAGCGAAAAAAAGAACUAUUUCACCAUAUUGCUGCAGAAGCAGACAAUGAAGCAUUGGUGCUAGAAAUGCUGUGUCAGAUAUUACAAACUGAUUCAAUCCCUGCAGUGCAGGCAUGGUUAGUCUCAGCGGGUCAAAGAGAAAAAGAUUUGGUCAUGGACAUGAUUCAGUCAGCGCUGGCCAAUGAACAAGACUACUGGCAGAGACAAAAUAACCCGGAAUAUGUGGAGGUCCAAGAACGACCGAGAACACAACAGGCAAACAUCUUAAAAGAACCAGAAGAAAGGACGGAAUUACCCUACUUGAACGGCGGUCAGAAUGAGAAGAGAUUGAACACAGCGGCUAGCGGAAGAUAUUCACGAUAUGAAUGGCAACCCCCGGCACAAAAUGGACAUAAAGACACUAUAUACGAAGACAAAGAGCAUCCGUCAUUGAAAAAGAAAGAGACCAAACCUGAUAUUUUCAGAAUAAGCCACUCACCACGUCCACCAACACGUACACCAAGAUCCAGGCAAGCUGGUCUGAAUGCCGAACCUCGUCUACGUUACAGUUCAAUGUCUGUAGGAGAUCAGGAUAUCCUAGCACAAAGACAGUCACUGAAAUCAGUGUUGUCAGACAACAAAGCGACACAAUGGUGCCCAGAAGACUCGCAAGUUAACUAAAACAUUGUUGGUGUGGGAUCAGACCAGUGAUGAUAGUGAAUCAGUGAUG